AUGCGGAGGCAUUCCAUUGCGCAACUUGGUCGGGAAGACUAUUCCCAUCAACGGAGAGUCUCCUUCUCACCUACCAUGGUUAGUGCCGCCGAUUCCUCAGUGACAAGUUCAAUCACGACGACCACCACAUCCUCCUCCUCCUCUGCAACCAAGAGCAACAGCGAUACCAGAGAGAGCAUCUUCCACAGCCCGCCUCUUCCGUUCAACCUCACAGAUGCCGGGCUUCUUAACCGUGACUGCCAUGUUCACAACAAAUGGAUUAGCUCCCGCAGUAAGAAACGGUUCGCCGUUCUCGACCCAGGUACCGGCCGCGUAUGGGCAACGUGCCCUGACUGUGAUAGAGACGACGUCAACCCCACCGUCAAGUCUGCUUUCACCGCUUUCCAGGUCUUCUCGUCAGAUACUAUGUCUUCUGAACGAUCUCGCCUCCUGACAGCGUGGCAUCAGCUCAUUCUCGCCGCUCGUCUUGACCUAGCCACCAUCUUUGUUCACGAGACGGGAAAGCCUCUUCCAGAGGCACUGGCGGAGGUAAAUUACGGUGCUAAUCUGGUACGAUGGUUCGCUGGUGAGGCCGAGCGCUUCCAGCAAGUAGUAAGCCCUGGCCCAUUCCCCUCUGAUUCCCCUCUGCCGGCCAUGACCAGUAAUCCGCCGACGCCGAACACUAUCCAGGGGAGAAGCUCCGCCGUUCUUAAGCAACCUAUUGGGGUUGUUCUUGCUCUUGUUCCCUGGAGCUUUCCCCUCGCCAUAACCCUCCGCAAAGCUGCCGCAGCACUCGCAGCAGGAUGCACCGUCAUCGUCAAGCCGUCAUCCGAGACGCCCCUUACAGCACUCGCCCUUGCAUGCCUUGCCAACCGCGCUGGUUUUCCUGCCGGCGCCUUUAACGUAAUAACAACAAGUCUAAACAACACUCCCCUCGUCGCCGAGGCGCUGUGCAUGCACCCCAUGGUGAAGGCAGUUAGCUUCACGGGGAGCAAGCGCGUAGGGAAGCGAGUCGCGGCGGCCUGCACACGCAAUCUGAAGCGCUUGUCACUGGACCUUGGUGGCAACUGUCCCUUCAUAGUCUUUGAGGACGCAGAUCUGGAGACCACCGCCAAGGAACUCGCAGCUUUGAAAUGGCGCCACGCGGGGCAGGCCUGUAUUGCACCGAACCGGUGCUACGUGCAACGGAGGGCAUAUGAGUCGUUUUCAAAGUUCCUGGUGGCAGAAGCGAAGAAGUUGAAGAUAGGCCACGGUAUGGCACGAGAAUCGACGCUGGGGCCACUGACAACGAUCCGUGGGCUGUACAAGGCAGAGGCGUUGUGCAAGGACGCCAUGGAUAAGGGGGCGGUGAAGUUGCUCGGAACCGGUAGGAGAGAGCUUGGUGACGGGUACUUUAUGUCGCCAACGGUGCUCGGGGGCAUGGAGGACUCGAUGCUCAUGUGCCGCGAGGAGGUGUUUGCGCCUGUUCUUGGGUUGUAUGUAUUUGAUACCGAAGACGAGGUUUUGAGGAGGGCAAACGACACACCAGUCGGGCUUGCUGGCUACGUUUUCACCAAGAAUCCUAACCGAAUGCGGAGGGUGUUUGAGCGGCUAGACGCUGGGGUUCUCGGAAUGGUGAACACGGUUUCUCUCGUGACAGAGGCUCCUAUGCCCGCCGAAAACACCGGCAAUGGAUGCGGAUCCGGUUUUGGAAAGGCUACAACGCUGGAAGAGUUUCUCGUAACCAAAUCAGGCGCAAUGAUGAUGAUGUAA